AUGGCGAACAUGUCCCCGCAACGUCAUCGUCCUACCCUCAUUACUCCCGCCUGUUCCUCCACAUUCCCUCAGGAUAUCUCCGCCGCCAUCCUCUCCGCCGCCAACCACAUCCCCAAGUCCAUCGCCGUCGAGUCCGCAGCCCGGAAGGCGAGCGCUACCGGCGCAGCAACCCCAACAACGAGUACAGGGCUCCUGGAGGUGCCCAUGCCUCCACCUCCACCCCCUCCGUCGCCGGUCGAGACGAGAGCGCUAUGGGGCCGCUUGUUUCCCCUUUGGAAGAUGAACCUCGGCUUGGAGCCUCUGAUCAUGGUCCUCUCACGUGACCAUGUCGAGGAGGAUUAA